AUCCUGGGGUGCCCGUCAGGGGACCGGCCGUUUCCCCACCCUAACACCGGUGACCCCGUAACCUGCACCCCGCCAGCUCGCUCUCAGAAGAAGUGGGUAUGCGCAUUGUCUAGCACUUCCUCUCCUGGAAGCCUUGCUCGUUAAAGGGCUAAUGAAUGAUUGAAUGAGUGCUUUCUGUGGCACGCCACUGCACGGAAUGGGAGAUAGGAAUCUAGACGGCUGUUGUUUACAGCCUAAUUAGUCCAAUUUCCUGUGGACCUGCCCAAAGGAGGGCAGCUCAGAGACGGGGCAGAGUGGAGUCUUGCGAGUCGAGCCGCUGGACUGCUCGGGUCCGGGAGUGGAGUUCCAGCGGCAACUGCUCACAACUCUGGCUGAUCUUUUAACCCUGACAGCAGGAAGGACGGGCUUUCUCUGGGCUUUCUCCAAGGCAUUCGCAGGAAAGGCAUUCUCCUGAAAUCUCUCUGCGAGAGCUGCACGAUAUCUCACACCAGCUGGGGGCUGAGACACGGACUUCCGCUCCCCGGGCUGCGGCGUGUGAUGUGGGGGGGAGGGGAGCGGAGAUGAAGAGGCAAGCCAGCGCGGUCCCCCUCAUCUUCGUCACUGAGGCAGACCGGAACGGCGAUGGGAACGUCCUCAGCAUCCCGGUGCCGAUGCGGCGGGGAGGCUCGGAGACCAGCCUGGAUCUGGACUCCUCGGGUGGGCUGGGCCUGGACUUCCACCGGGGCCGGCUGGGCAUCGACAGCCUCCAGCAGAAGAUCCUGAAGGUGACUGAGCAGCUGAAGAUCGAGCAGACGGCGCGGGACGAAAACGUGGCCGAGUACCUGAAGCUGGUCAACAGCGCCGACAAGCAGCAGGUGUCGCGCAUCAAGCAGGUGUUCGAGAAGAAGAACCAGAAGUCGGCGCAGAGCAUCGCACACCUGCAGAAGAAGCUGGAGCAGUACCACCGGAGGAUGAAGGACAACGAGAGCAACGGCUCCUCCAAGACCUCCUCGUCCUCCAGGGAGGCCAAGGAGUCCUCUAAGGACAGCCUGAAGGACGUGGGCAGUGGCCGGCACCCGACCCUGGACAAGGUGAAGACCGUCGGCCCCGGCGUCUCGCUCUCGCCGCCGUUCUUCUUCAACAAGUCCCGGGAGUUCGCCAACCUCAUCCGCAACAAGUUCGGGAGCGCCGACAACAUCGCCCACCUGAAGAGCUCGCUGGACCCGCCCUCGUCCUUCCACCCGGACGGCGGGAGCCGGGCGCUGAGCGGGAGCGCCACCAUCGUGACCAAGCCCAAGUACCCCAGCGACGACGAGUGCUCCUCGUCCGUGUCGGCCGACAGCAACGGGAACCCCUCGCUGGGGCCCGAGGACACCCAGGGCAAGCUGGCCCAGCUGCUGGACGAGGUGCGGGAGAUCCACGAGGUGCAGAGCCAGCUCGCCGACGACAUGGAGGGCCUCAAGGCACAGUUCAAGAGGGACUACAGCUUCAUCACGCAGACGCUGCAGGAAGAGCGAUACAGAUAUGAGAGAUUGGAGGACCAGUUGAAUGACUUGACGGAGCUCCAUCAGCAUGAGACGACCAACCUGAAGCAGGAGCUGGCCAGCAUAGAGGAGAAGGUGGCUUACCAGGCGUACGAGCGAGCCAGAGACAUCCAGGAGGUGCUGGAGUCAUGCCAGACGCGGAUCUCCAAGCUGGAGCUGCAGCAGCAGCAGCAGCAGCAGGUGGUGCAGAGGGAGGGCACGGACGCCAAGGCCCUGCUGGCCAAGUGCAUCAACGUCAUGCUGGCCAUCGUCACGGUGAUCCUGGUGUGCGUCUCCACGGUAGCGCGCUUCACCACGCCGCUCAUGCGCAGCCGGCUACACCUGGUGGCCACCUUCUUCGCCGUCACCCUCCUGGCGGUCUUCUGGAAGAACUGGGAGCACCUGCAGCCUGCAAUGGAGCGCAUGCUGGUGCCCAGCUGAGGGGGGACGAGGGGGGCAACCAUCGCAUCUCCCGAGGGUGUGGCUUCGUUGUUGUCUGGCAACGUGUCUGGGGGUUUUUUUCACCCCCAUUAUGGUGCCCUGGACUCCUCUCUAACAAGCUCUACUGACUGUUCCUUUAUAUUUUUGCGUGGCUAACAGAGAUGGACUCUGGCUUUUGUCCAUUGAAGAGAACAACAAACUGUCACUGUGACUUUCUGAGGGAGGCUGGUUUGCUGUGAGCCGGGAAUCUUGGGAACUCCGCUGUUUGAGAAGACAAACUUGUUUUAUUGUGUUUUUAUUUCAUGUUUUGCUGAUACUUUUCUCUGUCCACGCAGUGUGUAGCAUUUUCUGCCGACCUGUGUGCUUACACUAUCCAAUUAUGGUCACACACACACACUUCUGUCAUAUUGGACCAGUCAAAAAGUGCAAUAUAUUUGUUUCUAUUAAUUCCCUUCUUUUUUUUUUUUAAAGGAUAGGAAUUGGUGUGCAUGUUGUGAUUUGUUGUUUUCUCUGACAAGUACACACAUUUUUUUCUGUUUGUCUCUGAGGCGUAUUAUAACUCUGGAAGGAGUCUACGCAGUUGUGCGUCCCUUGUUUGUCAAGAAGCACCAUGAAAGGCGGAUCACCACUGUGAUGAGAAUGUAACUAGUUUUGUGAAAAUGAACUGAAAGAGGAAGGCAAUGUUUGUCCAGGCGGCUGGUGGAGCUUUUAAGUACCAUCAGUGGAGACGACGGGCCUCUGAAAUUGUAUUGUAAUGAACUCUAAUUACUUUUUUAUUGACAAUAUCUUAAGGAUUUAGAAGUUUUGAGAGAUGCUCAUAGAUUAGUUAUUGUUUUAAGUUAAGCAGCCUUGUUCUUUUAAUAGCCCUGUUGAGUCUGGGAUAUAGUGGGAACAUUAAAUCAGCCAUAACACAUAAGAACCAGAAACCGGUGAACAGGUUUAUAGUGUUAAUUUAUCAUUAAAAUUACACCACAAUUGGUGUAAUUACAAAAAGGUAACCACCAAGAAUAAUGUAUGUGAAAGGACAGGGAUCUUCUCAAAAAAAGCUAAAGACCAGGGGAUUAGCAGCCGCCUCAUUCAGCAGAAAUUCCUGAGUGUUUGAUUUAUGUGUAAAUUAUAGUUUGAGUAUUCUAAUUCAAACUCUCAUAUACUGUUUCAGUGCAUGCAAUGAAAAUCUGGCAUUAGAUUCAGGUUGUAUGUAUGCAAUGUAAUUGUCAUUCAGAUACUAGUUUGCAGUUUGUGCGUAUUUACAGUAUUGUUGUCAUGGAGAUACUCAUUGUACUGUGUGUAAUUGUGGUCUCAGUGUCAUUACGUUUCUGGUUGCAUGUGUACAUUUGCUAGCUGAAAGUCAUUGGAUACUGGUUAUUCAUGUGUGUUUACAGUCUGAGUUUAGUUUUUUGUGUACAAUUGACUGUCAUGUGCACACUGAACUUGAUUAACUUACUUCAUUUUAGUUGAGAGAGGCAGACUCAUGAGAUGCACCGCUGACCUCACCACUGCCAGUUACGCUUUGGCCUACAAGUGACUAAUGUGACUAGUUAGGUGGCAUUCAUAGGUCUAAAAACGAUGCGUCUAACAUAUUAUGCAUCUGUAAUUAAAAUGAAACUAAUAUAAUUGCGUUUUUGAUAGCACUGAGUGACGCACAUCUGCCAGUUUUAUCCGUUUAGAAUCUACAAUGGAAACCUAUUCAGGUGAAUAUUUUGAUGGCAGUUCCCUGCAUAGCAGAUGGGGUCGGCCUUCAGACAUCUUGGUACUGUUGUUUGGUGUGUUGCUGGGUUCUUUAGUAUACCGUUAGCCGUCGGUUCCAAUUCCAUUUGGGUCUGACGUUUAAAUGUGAUUAAGAUUUUGAAGCAGCUUCGGUCGGCUAAUGCGAUUAGUUCAGAUUGAUUAUACUCUCUCUUUGCCAAGAGACAGCUGCUGAUGGAGCAAAACUCUCGCAAACUCUCAUCUUUUUACUCUCAGCUAGAGGUUGGGUUGAGGAAACCAUCUCAACUGUGCGUGAGAUCCUACUGCCAGCCCAUUCUGCUAUUCCUUUCAUUGCUGCGUGUUGGAUCAGGGGUUCACAAACAACUCCAGAACCUGGGCCCCCUAAAAUAGCUAUCCACUAGCUGAUAAUUCCCACUAUAUUAUAAACUGGAUCAAAUGGAUAAACCAAUAUUAUCUCAUAGCUGUCUAAAAUUUGCUAUGGAUUACUAUGGAUCUAUGCCACAAUGUAUUGACCAUGGCAAAAUAUUACCAAUGGCAUACACAACAACUAAACAUUUAAAAAAAAAAACAUGGAAUAAUUAAACAAAUUUUGAAAAGGAAAAUAGUUUUUACAUUGUCACUGAGGAAUCCCCAUCUCCCCAGUUGGGUUGCCAGACUUCAGUUUUGGAACCCCCGUGUUAGAUGAUUAAUGACUAUUGAUAGAGAGAAAGAUAGUGCAUCAUGUAUCCCUUUCUCUGAGGUUUGUGUUGGAUUAACAACACAUCCUGUCAUUCCCGAUUUGGUUAACACUUGCCUUGUUGUGCAACAGUGCUGUCAUGUUAUUUGUUGAGUAUCUUGUAUGUGUUUGAUGUCACUUCCUCUUUCCACCUGGAGAAUGGUGUUUCUGGGUGCUGCUUCUUGGCCAAGAUUCUGGUUCCUUUGGGGAGUGGGACAAGUCUGGCUCAAGGGCAGUUUGUCAGUGAAUAUUGAAGGGCGGUCUGUCUGUGAGUGUUUUUUGUCUGCGAAUGUGUUCUUUUUUUAAUGGGUUUGUUUAUCCGGUCUGUUUUAUGGGCAGUCUUUGUCUUUUCCUUUGCCAAACUGCCUUUCCCUCCAUGUACACUGCUUAUCUGUCAUAUAUGUAACUUACUGCUCUUUUGUUUGUGUGUGUAUGUGUGUGUGUGUGUGUGUGUGCGUGUGUGCGUGUGUGCAUUGUGUAUGAGUGUGUGUUCAGAUUUAUUAACUGUUGACAUUAGGGGUUACGGAAUGAGAAUCACUGGCUGAAUUCAGUUACACAGUCUGCAGUGAUAUGCAUAUGUUAAGAGACAGUGGAGGGGAGCAGGGCUUGGAGCUGGCCUGUCUGCUUGCAUCAUUUCCUUUCUAUACCGUGAUUAGCCAGUUUGGUCAAAGUUCAGAUCUGUCCCAGGGAAUUAUUAUUCCUUUGUUUUUUUGUGGCUUGAGCAUCAGGAAUAUUUCUUUUUCUCAUGGAAAUGGAUUUGUACAUCUCGGGGAAAUCUGGACAUUGGAUUCCAGAUCACUUUUUUCAAAUGGUAAAUAAAUCCCAUUCUUUUUCUAAA